GGCGACGGGGGGUCCUCGCCAUGCGGUACAACGAGCGGGAGCUGCUGUCCCUGGCCCGGCAGCCCGCCGAGAAGGCGGCGGAGAUCUUGAUGCGAGUGCCCAAGAAGGGGAGCGUGUUAAAGAAACGCCUCGUGAAGCUUGUUGUCAACUUUCUCUUCUACUUCCGGACAGACGAAGCGGAGCCCAUUGGAGCUCUGCUCCUGGAGCAAUGCAGGAUCAUCAAAGAGGAGGAAAACGUCUUCUCAAUCAGUUUCAUUGAGGAGCCAGAGAGGAAAUACUGCUUUGAAUGUGACAGUAAAGAGCAGUGUCAGGAGUGGAUUGAGGCACUCAAGCGAGCCAGCUAUGAGUUCAUGAGGAGGAGCUUGAUUUUCUACCGGAAUGAGAUCCAGAAAAUGACAGGGAAGGACCCCCUGGAGCAGUAUGGGAUCUCUGAGGAAGCCCGCUUCCAGCUGGGAGCACACAAGCAAUAAUCCUGAUUCCUAGAAGCUUGACAAGCCCACGCUACAGCCCACUAGAGCACUCUCACAAAUGCGUUAGAGAACAAAGCUGCAAAGCACGAGCGAGCGAAGACAGGGCUGAGAGAUCUGUGUCGUGAUCCUGCUUCCCUCUGCAAUGCUGUGGGCUGGGCUAAGCUGUGCAGUUAUUCAGCUUCCCAGCGAGGAAAGCCAGAUGGAGGGGUUUGUAAAGACAGGAACUGCUCCGUGUUGGCUGGAUCUUUGAGCUUCAGGGCAUGCAGAAGUUAAGCCCAGGGAGCCUGUGACAACUGGGCAUUAACACUUCAUUCCCUGAGCCAUUGCUGCAGCUUUUCUCCCCUUGGUGAGUGUCCAAAGGGAAAGUCCAGAAAACCAUGCCAGGGUCACAGCGAGCUGCCGGGGGAGGAGGGCUGCCUUCCCUGGGGCUGCUGUAGAGGAGAGAGAAGCGUUAAGGAAUAUCAUCUCUCCUCGAGGCUCUGCACCUUCAGCCAUGGCGCUGGCUGCACGAAGGAAAACUGCGCCUGGAGAUGAGGGAUGGAAAGACACUCGCCGCAGCUGCACCCAGGGCUUCAGGAGACCCAGUCUUCUGACUCCCACAGCAGCAGAGGACAUGGCUGCCUGCAGCAGCUCCCCUGGGACUCGAGCAGGAAAAGCUCCUGGAAAGGCCCUUGGGAAGGUCCCAGGUGACGCUGUCAGACAGUUGAUGACAGAAGGAACUCGACUCACUGCUGGGGCAGGUAAACACAGCACCAGGGCUUGGCCUGAGCUUUGGGGGUUUGCAGCUCUGGGCUUUGUUCCACCUGGCUAGGGGGAAGGCUGCGCUGCAGGUAACCAGCACAUGGUAGGCGAGGUGGGGUAGAGCAGCCUGUGCUGUGAUCUGGGCUGGGAGGGAAGUUUUGCGUCUCUUCCUUUUUUGGCUGGGAAUCAAUGCCAAAACUAGAGCCCGUAUAUUGCACGCUUUAGUGGCCUGGCCUUCCCUCUUUACCUCAUGCUGCUGGGUACCAGGAGAGUGGCAGAUGUCACUGAUGCUUUAUUUUUAACCUCAAAGCCAUGAUUUUUCCUUUCCCUCCCCAGAUACUCCCUUUCUUGCCAAUGGUUCCAGGUGCUUGCUCCAGAAAUCACCAAAAUAAGCAGAGGGGCAGCUGUCCUGCAUAAUAAGCUGAGGGCAUGACAGGGUGGAAGCAGAAAAUAGGGCAGUUUUGAAGACAGAUGGCAACUCUAGUGGAAGCAGCAGUGAGGGAUUAAAAGCAGGAACAUACGAGAGCUUGUGCUUUAGGGACUUGGUGUCCUCAGAUGACUUUAAAGUGCAUUUUAAUCCUCACAAGCCUACUCUGCUUUACCUCAGUGCAGGGGCAUGUCCCUGACAUGCUGCUGGGCUACGCAGCAGCUUUACUUACUGUGAAAGAGACUCGUCCGGUCGCUUGAGCGAGGACGGACGAACGCACACGCUCCAGGCGUGGCGGCAGGAUAACCAGAGCUGCGCUGCGGCCGCCGUUUCCUUUUCCGUGGCGCAGGCCGAGGAGAGCGGAGGUGGGCUCCCCCACCGCGGGUAGCACAGCUCUGCAGCUUCAGGGUUGGCUUACCAGGAGUGAACGCUUCCACAGCUCCUGCCAGCUGGUUUCAGAGGCAGAACCUCCACGUCCAAACUCGGCUCCCCCGAGGUUCAGCAUUAGCGAAUUCUCUGAUGUGCAAAGUCAACCCGCGUAUAAACAAAACCCCGGGAAUUCUGCCACAGGCAGUCAUUUCUAGCAAACAAAAUUCUAGUGUUAGAGCGAGGCUCACCCCUUCUGCCAGCCGCCUGCGGUAGCUAACAGUUCUCAACCGUGUGCCUUCCAGGACUAUGGCUAGUGUCUUCUCUUUACACGCCUUCCAGAAGGCUGAGCUGACACCCACCAUCUUCACUGUAGAUAAAAUGGGCAUUUUAUUUAGAUGUUACGGGGAACAAUUGGGUGAGCGAGAGAUAAUCCCGACACUUAUUUAAGAGGCACCAAUGACAUUUCGUAACUGAAUGUAAGACAAAUGCUGUGAAGAGUUACACGGGCCAGCGGCAGGCCUAGUAACUUAGAUCGACUUCUAGACUAGCACUAGGACACUGGGUUAGGUUUCAGGAGUAAGGGAAGAUGGUACUUUGAGAUCUGCAUCAACUGCUGGUAAUUUACAGACAAUUGUUUGUUUUUCAUACUCUGGUCACUAUGCUUUUUUUAUUUCAGGGGCCUGUUCCAGUGAGUGCUCUGUACAGGCUCCCUGAAAGCGUACUGAAGCCAUUUAUCUCUUGUACAGUGAACAUUUCCAAUAAAAACUUGUUU